CUCGUCCCCGAGAGCCGCCGCGGCGCCCCUGCGCCUUGCCCGGGCCGCCGGCCUUCGUGCGGGAGGGACGGUCGGCUUGGAGCAGGGUGCAUCAUGGCCAGUGGUAGCUGUCAGGGGUGCGAGGAGGAGGACGAGGAAACUCUGAAGAAGUUGAUAGUCAGGCUAAACAAUGUCCAGGAAGGAAAACAGAUAGAGACCCUGGUCCAAAUUCUGGAGGAUUUGCUGGUGUUCACGUACGCGGACCACGCCUCCAAGUUAUUUCAAGGCAAAAAUGCCCACGUGCCUGUGUUGAUCGUCUUGGACUUGUAUAUGAGAGUCGCUAGUGUGCAGCAGGUGGGUUGGUCACUUCUAUGCAAAUUGAUAGAAAUCUGUCCAAAUACAAUGCAAAGCUUAAUGGGACCGCAGGAUGUUGGACGUGAUUGGGAAGUACUUGGGAUCCACCAACUGAUUCUUAAAAUGCUAACAGUUCAUAAUGCCAGUGUAAACCUGUUAACAGUUGGACUAAAGGCCUUAGAUCUCCUCCUAACUUCAGGUAAAAUCACUUUGCUGAUAUUGGAUGAAGAGACUGACAUUUUCUUGUUAAUUUUUGAUGCCAUGCGCACAUUUUCAGCCAAUGACGAAGUCCAAAAACUUGGAUGCAAAGCUUUACGUGUGCUGUUUGAAAGAGUUUCAGAGGAGCAGCUGACUGAAUUUGUUGAGAAUAAAGAUUAUAUGAUCUUGCUAAAUGCAUUAAAAAAUUUUAAAGAUGAAGAGGAAAUUGUGCUUCAUGUAGUGCACUGUUUACACUCCCUAGCAAUUCCUUGCAGUAAUGUUGAAGUCCUCAUGAGUGGCAACGUGAGGUGUUACAAUAUUGUGGUAGAAGCCAUGAAAGCAUUCCCUGACAAUGAAAAAAUUCAAGAAGUGAGUUGCUGCUUGCUCCAUAGGCUUACCUUAGGUAAUUUUUUUAAUAUUCUUGUAUUAAACGAUGUACAUGAGUUUGUGGUGAAAGCUGUGCGGCGGUAUUCAGAGAACGCCACGUUACAAAUUGCAGCGCUCAGCUGUUUAGCACUCCUCACUGAGACCAUUUUCCUAAAUCAAGAUUUAGAGGAAAAGAAUGAAAAUCAGGAGAAUGAUGAUGAGGAAGAAGAAAAAUUGUUUUGGUUGGAAGCCUGUUACAAAGCGUUGACGUGGCAUAGAAAGAACAAGCACGUGCAGGAAGCUGCAUGCUGGGCCCUAAACAAUCUCCUCAUGUACCAAAACAGUCUCCAUGAGAAGAUCGGAGACGAAGAUGGCCAGUUCCCAGCUCAUAGGGAAGUGAUGCUCUCCAUGCUGAUGCAUUCUUCAUCGAAAGAAGUCUUCCAGGCCUCUGCAAAUGCGUUGUCCACUCUGUUAGAACAAAAUGUUAAUUUCAGAAAAAUCCUCUUGUCAAAAGGAAUAUACCUGAAUGUAUUGGAGUUAAUGCAGAAGCAUAUACAUUCUCCUGAGGUUGCAGAAAGCGGCUGUAAAAUGCUAAAUCAUCUUUUUGAAGGAAGUAAUGCUUCCAUGGAUACAAUGGUAGUAGUGGCCCCCAAAAUAAUAACAGUUAUGAGAUAUCAUGAGGCAUCAUUAUCAGUGCAGCUGGAGGCACUUCGAGCUAUUUUACAUUUUAUAGUUCCAGAUUGUAAAAAACAAAACGAAACAACCAUUUUGAUCAUCCUUAAAGGUGCCAGCCUUAAUCUUUUAAAUUUUAAAGGCAUGCCAGAACAGUCCAAGGAAGAUACAGAAUAUCAACAUAAGCUACAUAUGGUUAAAAAACAGUGUUUCAGGAAUGAUAUUCACAAACUGGUCCUAGCAGCGUUGAACAGGUUCAUUGGAAAUCCUGGGAUUCAGAAAUGUGGAUUGAAAGUAAUUUCUUCCUUAGCACAUUUUCCUGAUGCAUUACAAGUAUUAUCCCUGGAAGGUGCUAUUGAUUCGGUACUUCACACACUUCAGAUGUAUCCAGAUGACCAAGAAAUUCAAUGUCUGGGUUUAGGUCUUAUAGGAUGCUUGAUUACAAAGAAGAAUUUAUGCAUAGGAACUGGGCAUCUGCUGGCAAAAAUUCUGGUUUCCAGUUUACAACGAUUUAAGGAUAUGGCUGAAGUACAGAUUAAAGGAUUUCAGACAAUCUUAACAAUACUGGAAUUGUCAGUGUCUUUUUCCAACCUGCUGGUGCAUCAUUCCUUUGAUUCGGUGAUAUUCCAUCAGAUGUCUUCCAGUAUCAUGGAACAAAAGGAUCAACAGUUUCUAAACCUUUGUUGCAAGUGCUUUGCAAAAUUAGCUAUGGACGAUGAGUUAAAAAGCGUGAUGUUAGAGAAAGCAUGUGAUCAGAAUAACAGUAUCAUGGUUGAAUGCUUGCUUCUGUUGGGAGCAGACGCCAAUCGAACAAAGGAGGCAACUUCUUUAAUUUGUCAGGUAUGUGAAAAAGCAAGCAGUCCCAAAUUGGUGGAACUGUUACUGAAUGGUGGUUCCCGUGAACAGGAUGUCCGGAAAGCUCUGACAAUAAGCAUUGGAAAAGGUGACAGCCAGAUCAUCAGCUUACUCUUACGGAGACUCGCCCUGGAUCUGGCCAAUAAUAGCAUUUGCCUUGGAGGAUUUUGUAUAGGAAAAAUCGAACCUUCAUGGCUUGGUCCUUUGUUUCCAGAUAGGACAUCUAAUUUAAGAAAAGAAACAAAUAUAGGAUCCACCCUAGCAAGAAUGGUGCUCAGAUAUCAGAUGAAAAGUGUUGUGGAAGAAGGAGCAGCCUCAGGCAGCGAUGGGAAUUUUCCUGAAGAAGUUCUUGAUAAAUUUGAUGAAUGGACCUUCAUUCCAGACUCUUGUGUAGACAGUGUGUUUGGUCAAAGUGACGACCUGGAUAGUGAAGGAAGUGAAGGCUCAUUUCUUGUGAAAAGAAAAUCCAAUUCAAUUAGUGUGGGAGAAUUUUACCGAGAUCGUGCCUUACAGCGUUGCUCACCAAAUUUGCAGAGACAUUCCAACUCAUUGGGACCCAUUUUCGAUCAUGAAGAUUUACUGAGGCGAAAAAGAAAAAUAUUGUCUUCAGAUGACUCACUCAGGUCAUCAAAACUUCAAUCCCAUAUGAGGCAUUCAGACAGCAUUUCUUCCCUGGCUUCUGAGAGAGAGUAUAUUACAUCAUUAGACCUUUCAGCAAAUGAACUAAGAGACAUUGAUGCCCUAAGCCAGAAAUGCUGUAUAAGUGGUCAUUUGGAGCAUCUUGAAAAGCUGGAGCUUCACCAGAAUGGACUCACAAACUUUCCACAACAAUUGUGUGAAACCCUGAAGUGUUUGACACAUUUGGACUUGCACAGUAAUAAAUUUACAUCAUUUCCCUCUUACUUGUUGAAAAUGAAUUGUAUUGCCAACCUUGAUAUCUCUCGAAACGACAUCAACCCCUCAGUAGUUUUGGAUCCUGCAGUGAAGUGCCCAACCUUGAAGCAAUUUAACUUGUCAUAUAAUCAGCUGUCUUGUUUUCCUGAGAACCUUGGUGAUGUGGUAGAGAAAUUGGAACAGCUCAUUUUAGAAGGAAAUAAAAUAUCAGGAAUAUGUUCCCACUUAAGCCUGAAGGAACUGAAAAUUUUAAACCUUAGUAAAAACCACAUUACAUCCCUAUCAGAAGAUUUCCUUGAGGCGUGUCCUAAAGUGGAGAGUUUCAGUGCCAGAAUGAAUUAUCUUGCUGCUGUGCCUUUUUUGCCUUCUUCUCUGACAAGCCUAAAAUUGUCCCAAAACAGAUUUACAUGUGUUCCUGAAGCAAUUUUAAAUCUUCCACACUUACGGUCCUUAGAUAUGAGCAGCAAUGAUAUUCAAUAUCUACCGAGUCCUGCACACUGGAAAUCUUUGAACUUAAGGGAACUCUUGUUCAGUUUUAAUCAGAUCAGCGUCUUGGACUUGAGCGAAAAAGCACAUGUGUGGUCAAGAGUAGAGAAACUGCAUCUUGCUCAUAAUAAACUGAAAGAGAUUCCUCCUGAGAUUGGCUGUCUUGAAAACCUGACCUCCUUUGAUGUCAGUUACAAUCUGGAACUGAGAUCCUUUCCUAAUGAAAUGGGGAAAUUAAGCAAAAUAUGGGAUCUUCCUUUGGAUGAACUACAUCUUAAUUUUGAUUUUAAACAUAUAGGAUGUAAAGCCAAAGACAUCAUAAGGUUUCUUCAGCAGCGGUUAAAAAAGGCUGUGCCCUAUAACCGAAUGAAGCUUAUGAUUGUGGGAAAUACUGGGAGUGGUAAAACCACCUUAUUGCAGCAACUAACGAAAAGCAAGAAAUCAGAUCCUGGGGUGCAAAGCGCCACAGUUGGUAUAGAUGUGAAGGACUGGCCUAUCCAAAUAAGAGGCAAAGGGAAGAAAGACCUCAUUCUAAAUGUGUGGGAUUUUGCAGGUCGUGAGGAAUUCUACAGCACUCAUCCUCACUUCAUGACCCAGCGGGCCCUCUACCUGGCUGUCUAUGACCUCAGCAAAGGGCAGGCUGAAGUCGAUGCCAUGAAGCCUUGGCUCUUCAAUAUAAAGGCCCGUGCUUCUUCUUCCCCUGUGAUUCUUGUUGGCACACAUUUGGAUGUUUCCGAUGAAAAGCAGCGCAAAGCCUGCAUAAGUAAAAUCACCAAGGAACUGCUGAACAAGCGAGGGUUUCCUGCAAUAAGAGAUUACCACUUUGUGAAUGCCACAGAGGAAUCUGAUGCUUUGGCAAAGCUUCGGAAAACCAUCAUAAAUGAGAGUCUUAAUUUCAAGAUCCGAGAUCAGCCUGUCGUUGGGCAGCUGAUUCCAGACUGCUAUGUAGAACUUGAGAAAAUCAUUUUAUCGGAACGUAAAAAUGUGCCAAUUGAAUUUCCUGUAAUCGACCGGAAACGAUUAUUACAACUCGUAAAAGAAAAUCAGCUACAGUUGGAUGAAAAUGAGCUUCCUCAUGCGGUUCACUUCCUAAAUGAAUCAGGGGUCCUUCUUCAUUUUCAAGACCCAGCGCUGCAGUUAAGUGACUUAUAUUUUGUGGAACCCAAGUGGCUUUGUAAAGUCAUGGCACAGAUUUUGACAGUGAAAGUGGAAGGCUAUCCAAAACAUCCUAAGGGAAUCAUUUCACGCAGAGAUGUGGAAAAAUUUCUUUCAAAGAAAAAGAGGUUUCCAAAGAACUACAUGUCACAGUACUUUAAACUCCUAGAAAAAUUCCAGAUUGCCCUGCCAAUAGGAGAAGAAUAUUUGCUGGUUCCAAGCAGUUUGUCUGACCACAGGCCUGUGAUAGAGCUCCCUCAUUGUGAGAACUCUGAAAUUAUCAUUCGACUAUAUGAAAUGCCUUAUUUUCCAAUGGGAUUUUGGUCAAGGUUAAUCAAUCGAUUACUUGAAAUUUCACCUUACAUGCUUUCAGGAAGAGAACGAGCACUUCGCCCAAACAGAAUGUAUUGGCGACAAGGCAUCUACUUGAAUUGGUCUCCUGAAGCUUAUUGUCUGGUAGGAUCUGAAGUUUUAGACCAUCACCCAGAAAGUUUCUUAAAAAUUACAGUUCCUUCGUGUAGAAAAGGCUGUAUUCUUUUGGGCCAAGUUGUGGACCACAUCGAUUCUCUCAUGGAAGAAUGGUUUCCUGGAUUACUGGAAAUUGAUAUCUGUGGUGAAGGAGAAACUCUGUUGAAGAAAUGGGCAUUAUAUAGUUUUAAUGAUGGUGAAGAACAUCAGAAAAUCUUGCUUGAUGACUUGAUGAAGAAAGCAGAAGAAGGAGACCUUCUAGUCAAUCCGGAGCAACCAAGGCUCACCAUUCCUAUAUCUCAAAUUGCUCCUGACUUAAUUUUGGCUGACCUGCCUAGAAAUAUUAUGUUGAAUAAUGAUGAAUUGGAAUUUGAGCAAGCUCCAGAAUUCCUCUUAGGUGAUGGCAGUUUUGGAUCUGUUUAUCGAGCAGCCUAUGAAGGAGAAGAAGUGGCUGUGAAGAUUUUCAAUAAACAUACAUCACUUAGAUUGUUAAGACAAGAGCUGGUGGUCCUUUGCCACCUGCACCACCCCAGCUUAAUAUCUUUGCUGGCAGCUGGGAUUCGUCCUCGCAUGUUGGUGAUGGAGUUAGCCUCCAAGGGUUCACUGGACCGCUUGCUUCAGCAGGACAAAGCCAGUCUCACCAGAACCCUACAGCACAGGAUUGCACUCCAUGUGGCUGAUGGCUUGAGAUACCUCCACUCAGCCAUGAUCAUAUACCGUGACUUGAAGCCCCACAAUGUGCUGCUCUUCACCCUGUACCCCAAUGCUGCCAUCAUCGCAAAGAUUGCUGACUAUGGGAUUGCUCAGUACUGCUGUAGAAUGGGGAUAAAGACAUCAGAGGGCACACCAGGGUUUCGUGCACCUGAAGUUGCAAGAGGAAAUGUUAUUUAUAACCAGCAGGCUGAUGUUUAUUCAUUUGGCUUACUACUCUAUGACAUCUUGACAACUGGAGGUAGAAUAGCAGAGGGUUUGAAGUUUCCAAAUGAGUUUGAUGAACUGGCAAUACAAGGGAAAUUACCUGAUCCAGUUAAAGAAUAUGGUUGUGCCCCAUGGCCUAUGGUGGAGAAGUUAAUUAAAAAGUGUUUGAAAGAAAAUCCUCAAGAAAGGCCUACUUCUGCCCAGGUCUUUGACAUUUUGAAUUCAGCUGAGUUAAUCUGUCUGAUGAGACAUAUAUCGAUACCUAAAAACUUUAUAGUUGAAUGCAUGGUUGCUACAAAUCAUAACAGCAAGAGUGCAAGCAUCUGGCUGGGCUGUGGGCACACUGACAAAGGACAGCUCUCAUUUCUUGACUUAAAUAUGGAAAAACACACUUCUGAGGAAGUUACUGACAGCAGAAUACUGUGCCUAGCUUUGGUGCAUCUUCCUGCUGAAAAGGAAAGCUGGAUUGUGUGUGGGACACAGUCUGGCAUGCUCCUGGUCAUCAGUACUGAAGAUGGGAAAAAGAGACAUACCCUUAAAAAGAUGACUGAUUCUGUAACUUGCUUAUAUUGCAAUUCCGUUCCCAAGCAAAGCAAGCAAAAAAACUUUCUUCUGGUGGGAACUGCUGAUGGCAAUUUAGCAAUUUUUGAAGAUAAAACUGUUAAGUGUAAAGGAGCCGCUCCUUUGAAGAUACUAAAUAUAGGAAAUGUCAGUACUCCACUGAUGUGUUUGAGUGAAUCCAUGAAUUCAACUGAAAAAAACAUUAUGUGGGGAGGAUGUGGCACAAAACUUUUCUCAUUUUCUGAUGAUUUCACCAUUCAGAAGCUCAUUGAGACAAAGACAAAUCAGCUGUUUUCUUAUGCAGCUUUCAGUGAUUCCAACAUCAUAGCAGUGGUGGUGGACACGGCUCUCUACGUUGCUAAGAAAAAUAGCCCAUUUGUGGAAGUAUGGGAUAAGAAGACUGAAAAACUCUGUGAACUUAUAGACUGUGUGCACUUUUUAAAGGAGGAAAUGGUAAAAGUAAACGUGGAAUCAAAACACAAAAUAUCUUAUUCUGGGAGAGUGAAAACUCUCUGCCUCCAGAAGAACACUGCCCUCUGGAUAGGAACUGGAGGAGGCCAUGUUUUACUCCUUGAUCUUUCAACUCGUCGAAUUAUACGUAUAGUUCACAAUUUUUGUGAUUCUGUCAGAGUCAUGAUGACAGCACAGUUAGGAAGCCUCAAAAAUGUCAUGCUGGUUUUGGGGUAUAUCCGGAAAAGUACUGAAGGCACACAACACCAAAAAGAGAUACAGUCUUGUUUGUCUGUUUGGGAUAUCAACCUUCCACAUGAAGUGCAAAAUUUAGAAAAACAUAUUGAAGUAAGAAAUGAAUUAGCUGAAAAAAUGAGAAGAAUAUCUGUUGAAUAAGAGGGAUGUUGGAGAUCUUUGCCUUUGGAUGCGAAAAUUAUUCUCCUGUAAAUAUUUCUUUAAAAAUGUUUACAUAUGAAAAGGACACUUCCACUUUUUGAAAAAGCUCAUGUGUAUAUGAAGGAAUGUUUAUAUAUUUUAUUUUAUUUUAAAUAUAAAUAUGUGUAAAAAUAAUUUCACUGGAAAUGUUUUAAAGAAUUAUUUAAAAUAUGACAUUGUAUUUCCCACAUCCUAAUUAAUUUUGUGGGUUAAGUAAUGAAAGGAAAGCUGAAAAGUACAAAAUUGCAGGACUCAUACCAAAAUUUACAAAGUGAUUAAUUUUUUGUUUUUAUCCAUAACGAAAGUAAACUUUAUUUAACAUUCUGCAUUUAAACGGGACUGCUGUUUGAUUACUUUCUAGGUAUUUUGCAAAGUAAAAUAGUAAUAUUAGGACUGGUUCAUAUGUAAUACAUUCCUUCUUAAAUUCCUUUUAAAUGCACGUCUCAUACAUGCUUGUAAACUGAAUUUUCACCAAUAAAUCCCUUCAUUGGAAUGUGCAUCCUCUUUGUUGCUGAUGCAAACAAUGCGUUUCAUGCAUCUUCCCUCCGUUUAAAAGAAAAUGUCACGGAAAGUGCUGAUGAGGAAAUAUAACAUAUUGUUCUCAUUCCCAGUAAAGACACGGCCACUCUCUCUUUUCCUGUUGUGCAGUUCAAUCUUUGAAUGUGGAUACCCUGAAAUUUGUAUACUUGGUGUGAAUACAGUGUUCAGUUUUCAAGUGA